AUUUCAGUGGCCCUCCGGUACUCGUCCCGAACGGUUCUCGUCGGGCUUCUCCGCUUCUCUGGCGUUCUUCGCGUUACGCUUCGGACAGAAAAUUUUUCCGGGCUGUUCACAGUGACACCGUAGUAGUGCAACUCCAGAACCGAGAACCGCAUUCUUUGCAAUUGCAAAAGUAGAGUAAAUCGCAUUGACCUCGAAUAACCGGUCCCGACCGCCCGACUGAUUCGGAACGCAGAAAAUAUGAAUCCAUUAACCUCGCUACCUAUUUUCAGCCUCUGCUGGUUCUAAAGUGAUUAAAAGGUGAUAGUGAAUGACGCCCGGAGUAAGUGGUCGUACUGCUGCCGCUGCUGCAGUAUUAUUGUGUAAAUAAUAAGAACAGCGCGGUCGCGGUCCAGUCAGUGGGCAGAGAAGUCCUGAAAUACACUACUGCUGAUAAGAACGCAGUGUGCGUCGGUCGGUUCCGCUUUGGGUCGGGUCGCGGGAUGGACGAGCCUUUAUCAAUAUAAAGAGGGAACCGUACUCCGCGAGGGUCCGGUAGUGCUCUGGCAGCUGUCCGGCAGUGAAAAGCAUUCUUUCUUUCCAUCUAUCUCCUCCGUGUAGGACUUUGAUAAAACCGCGUUCCUCGGUCAUCGAUAAUCCGUGCGUCGUCAGCGUGCUUCAGUGAUUGGUGGAGUGUUUUGUGGAGCGGUGAUAAAAGCUCAGUAGGCUAAUCAGUGACGAGGCGAUCGGUGGUCAACGGCCGCCGUCUAAUCCGUUCUCAUAGCAACGGCCUGGAUUGGACAUAGUAGGCGUCUCCUGCUAGGGGUGGUGUGUUUUGGGUUCAAAUUCCGAAACCAGAUGUGCUGUGCUUUGUGUGUUUAGGAAACCAAUAAAGCCGGAAAUAGAAUUAAAUAUAGUGUUGUGUUGUCAAACAUCUGCCCUGCCGAGCGCGGUUGCUACACUACGUUACUACAAAUCGAGAGCGCGCGUGGCGUCAUUUGUGCAACUUUGUCGUCGUUCGUUGAUCAAAUUAGGCGAACGAAAAUGAGUGGAGACGAGUCGAAAAAGGAUGUGUCCCAUGUGGAGAACGGAGGUGCCAUGCAGCAGCAACAGCAGAACGGAGGCAUGAUGGAGAAAGUGCACAUCCAAUCGGGUCCCGGAGAUCUGAAACAGAUCGUGCUGGACGGAUUGGAGAAGAAAGGCGAUCGAGGACUGUGGCUGUGGGUGCUGUUCAUUCUCUGCCUGACGCCGAACAUCCUGAAUGGCUUCCACGUGUCGUCGUACGUCUUCCUGGGUCAGAUGCCAGCAAAUUACUACUGCACCGUGCCGAGCCUGGUCGAGCGUGGGUGGACCCAUGAAGAAAUCCGAAACAUUUCCAUCAUUGGUGGUACCGCCAAAAACGGCACCUGUUCCCUGCUCAACUGGGACUAUCAUCGCCUGGAAGGAAUGAGCUACCAGGAAGCACAAGAUUUCCUCAAGGACAAACCGCUACCCGGCGAGGUGUCCUGCUUGAGAACCACCGGCUUCGAGAUGUACUACCAUCAGGCGGAGGGUGCCUCCAUUGUGCCGGAGUGGGACCUGAUCUGUGAGCGGACCGCAUUGCGGUCCACCGUGCAAGUGGCACUGUCGCUGGGAAAGUUCUUCGGAGCUUCGACGUUUGGGAUUCUGUCCGACAAGUACGGACGGAAGAGCAGUUUCACGAUCGCGGCGCUGCUGUAUGUGGUUUCUAGUUUGCUGACCACGUUCUCUCCGGUUUAUAUCCUGUUGCUGCUUGGGCGGAUCGGGUUGGGUGCUUCCGCUUCCGGAGUUUUCUAUCCGGCGUUUGCGUUGUUAACGGAAAAUAUCGGAACCCGACAUCGUUCGUGGAUGAGUAUUGCCUUCAACUUUUCCUAUCCGAUUGGUAUGCUGAUUCUGGCGCUGGCUGCUUACUACAUUCAUCCAUGGAGAGAUCUUUCGCUGGCGCUCACGAUCCCUUCGUUUUUGCUGAUCAUCCAUCUAUACUUCCUGGUGGAAUCUCCCCGUUGGCUGCUCAGCAAGGGACGUGAGCGACGUGCCUACCGGAUGGUGUUCGGGCGGAAAGCCCCCGCGGAGUUGUGCGACAGCGCCGAGCAGAACCAACUCAGCCCAGAGGAAGUGGCCGCAGCCGUUGCCAAGGACGUCCCGACACCCAAGGUACCGCUGGGCAUCCGCAUUCGACAAUCCUUCAGCGAAUUCACGAAGUUGUAUGGCACACCUACACUCUGUCGGAGAGCGCUCAUCUGCCACUUUACGUGGUGCGUUACGUCGCUGUGCUACUACGUGACGGCUCUGAACGCGGACAACUUCGAUGCCAAUCGGAACGUGUACGUGGCCACGACCGGAUCAGUGGACAUUCUGGCGUACAUUAUCUCGAUGAUAGUGCUGGCUUACUAUGGUCGUAAGAGUACCUCGUUCUGCUUCUUCCUGUACGCCGGAGUUUGUCUCCUGGUGGUGCUGGCCAUUCCUAAGGAAAACACAAACCUGCUGGUCACGUUGGCCAUGUUGGGCAGACUGGGAAUAACGGCGGUAUAUGCGGUGGUAACUCUUCACACGGCGGAACUGUUCCCGACCGAGAUCCGGAACACUGCCCUCGGCAUCUGUUCAACGAUGGCCCACGUGGGAUCGAUUGCUGCUCCCUAUAUAGUGGACUUGCUGGGUCAGUUGGCCUGGUGGAUUCCAACGACGAUCUGUGGCAUCACGAUUUUGGUGGCCGGAAUGUUGACCCUGUUGCAUCCGGAAACGAAGGACGCUGUCCUGAAGGAUCAUGCCAAACAGGAAGUGGACUCCAGCAGUGAGGAACGGGAACCGAUGAAACAGUAGGGUGGGUGAUAUUAUACUUGUAUUGACCAAAAGUGUGCCAAAUUUUAGAUUUAGAUUUUAGGGUGUAAAACAGUAAGUGUAUCAAAAAUCCAUUGACAGUGAUAUUAAGCAUUUGGAGACGCGAGUUCGGAAGCUGCGAUCAGCUCGUCGAUCCACGUCCGAUAGAAACUGACGUCGGUAUAGACCCCGGGUGAUGCCGGAGCCCCACAGCCAGCUCCAUACGAGAUGAUUCCCCGCAGUGUAUAGGGCCUUUCCCGGUCUCCGACAGGUCCCCAAAUUUUCCGCCGGCACACCAAUCCGCCACCGGAAUCUCCCUGUUGAUUAUGAUUAACGGCAGUUAUGAAGUAUAGUUUAGGCACAGAUAAACAGACGCGAAACUGUAGGAGACAUUGCAACUACGAACGUUCUUGUCCACAUCUGUUUGUCCGUAGUUUUAGGUUUUAAGCGCAUGACACUCACCCUACAAGCAUCGGCUUGACCGAUCGCACAAAACAUUCCAGAGUUGGGCGUGGCCGGGGCGACCACAGGUCCAAGCAUUUGCAGGCACCGAUCGAAAGACAACGGUCGUAUCGGUCCACCGUAUUGCAGUCGGUCGCUCGUUGGACCGUAGAACGAAUCCGAUCCGUACCCAAAUAUGUGGCACUCCUCAUCUUGCUCCUGGUCCGCUGUGUAGUCGAAACCGAGACCACUGUAACUAGAUUGGACUAGAUUUAGAGCAUCUCCACCAACGCCAAUGAAACCACCAGCCAUAUUGUUGUUGCUAGGAUGAUCUACCUUGGGUGGCAAUAAAAGGUUACUUUGUACCAAUUUGUCUAACAGUUGAA